AUGUCCGCGCCAUCAGCGAUGCCCAGAUCGGGCGCGAGGUCGACGCGUCCGACGGCUGGGCAGAUUCUGUCGCUGCCGCCAAAAUGGCUCGGCAUGUACGAGGACUUCAUCACCAAGAAUGCGGGGCAGGUGUCGCAGAUUGAGAGCGCGCUGCGCAGUCUCACGUACAUCAUCCCAGGUCGCUUCCGCGAUGCCGAGAUAGCCUCCGAGUCGAUACAUUCGGGCGUGCAGCUCCUGUCGCUCUACCACGAUACCCUCCUCACGCGCGCUGUUUCUCGACUAGCGCUACCGACGCCAUCAGCGCACGCGCGGUAUACACGGUUCUGGAGCGAGAAGAACACGAAAUAUCGUCGCGUGGCGAUGCUUCUGCAGAUGGUCGUUUACACAGAGCUGCUCUGCGAGAUGACAGCGAAGCGCAAAGGAGGAGAGAAGUCGCGUUGGCGGGUCGUGGUGCUGCUGGAGGCGAUCAAGGCCAUAUGCCGCCUUUUGCUGCUACGGAUAACACGAUCACGUCCGCUGGUCUCGCCUGUAUUGCCCGAGAGAGAGGCGAUUCCGGCGGAUGCCGUGGAGGAGGUAGAGGACGGCACGAAGAGCGAGAGCGAGUUGAUGGACGAGGUGGAGCUCAACGGGGACAUUACCAGGGAUAUCCUGAGCGAGGAUGAAGGCAAGGCGCCGUACGAGCGCGAGUGGAGGAUGCCUCGGACGGGGAUGAGCCUGCCCUCGCUGCCCAACUCGGGCGACAUCAGCUCCUACUUGCUGGGUCGCGUCCUCACGGCAGACGACAUCAAGCCUGCAAAGAAUCUGUUGAACCAGCUCCAAGGGUCAGGUCAGGCGGCAGAGAUUCUGCAGAUCUUGUCACCCUUGAUCUACGCGUCGGCGCUUGCUUCGAGCAAGAACCGCAGGUCAUGGACGCCUUGGGUCGUUGGUCUGACGGUGGAGUAUGCUGCGCGCCAGCUGCGCGACCGCAGCCUGCGCACCACGGCCCUGGAGCGCGAUGAAUGGAACAAACGUGGCUGGGCCAUGGCCUGGUGGGCGAUGCGUGGCGCCUUCUACGAGAACGUGACAAAGGGGAUGGUCGGUGGCGUGACGCAGCGGAUGCCUGGGUUCAUCGCGGGCAUCCUGGAGGACUACGAGUAUCUUUGGGAGAAUUACUACUUCAGCACCAGCGCGUAA